AAUGGGGUGCCCAUGCGGCCCUGCCCAAUAGCGUUGCUGUACCUUUCAGCUUUAUAAUCUCGCCCCUCGCGAGAGAGACUCCCCCCAUCCUGCAGACUCGCCCCACUCUCUUGCUCAGCUCCUCUUCAUCCAGUCCUCAAAACUCUCUCUGAUCUCUCUCUCUUGCUGAAAAUUCUCCGCACACUCCGGUGGGCUUAAGCGGUGGCGGCGUCUCGCCUGGGUGGGCGAGAUCCCUCUCUUGCUCGUCCGCAAGGUCGCUCCCCCUGCGAGUCCAAUCUACUGACGAGCUGGGAGGAGCAAAGGAGGGGGCAAUUGGAGCUCCGCUCGGUUCCAAUUCAGCCCCAAUUUUGAGCCCCCCGGCUGCGGGGUUCGGCCAGUUGAGACGCCAUGUAUCGGGUGAAGAGCGAGAGCGACUGCGAUAUGAUCCAUCAGGAGCAGAUGGACUCGCCGGUGGCCGACGACGGCAGCAGCGGGGGGUCGCCGCACCGCGGCGGCGGGCCCCCGCUGAAGAAGGGGCCAUGGACGUCGGCGGAGGACGCCAUCCUGGUGGACUACGUGAAGAAGCACGGCGAGGGGAACUGGAACGCGGUGCAGAAGAACACCGGGCUGUUCCGGUGCGGCAAGAGCUGCCGCCUCCGGUGGGCGAACCACCUGAGGCCCAACCUCAAGAAGGGGGCCUUCACCGCCGAGGAGGAGAGGCUCAUCAUCCAGCUCCACUCCAAGAUGGGGAACAAGUGGGCUCGGAUGGCCGCUCAUUUGCCAGGGCGCACUGAUAAUGAAAUAAAGAAUUACUGGAAUACUCGAAUAAAGAGAUGCCAGCGAGCUGGCCUACCCAUCUAUCCUACCAGCGUAUGCAAUCAAUCCUCAAAUGAAGAUCAGCAGUGCUCCAGUGAUUUUGACUGUGGCGAGAAUUUGUCAAACGAUCUUCUGAAUGCAAAUGGUCUUUACCUACCAGAUUUUACCUGUGACAAUUUCAUUGCUAAUUCAGAGGCUUUACCUUAUGCACCACAUCUUUCAGCCGUUUCUAUAAGCAAUCUCCUUGGCCAGAGCUUUGCAUCAAAAAGCUGUAGCUUCAUGGAUCAGGUAAACCAGACAGGGAUGCUAAAACAGUCUGAUGGUGUGCUUCCUGGAUUGAGCGAUACCAUCAACGGUGUGAUUUCCUCGGUGGAUCAAUUCUCAAAUGACUCUGAGAAGCUCAAGCAGGCUGUGGGUUUUGACUAUCUCCAUGAAGCCAACUCUACCAGCAAGAUUAUUGCACCUUUCGGGGGUGCACUUAAUGGCAGCCAUGCCUUUUUAAAUGGCAAUUUCUCUGCUUCUAGGCCCACAAGUGGUCCUUUGAAGAUGGAGCUCCCUUCACUCCAAGAUACUGAAUCUGAUCCAAACAGCUGGCUCAAGUACACUGUAGCUCCUGCGUUGCAGCCUACUGAGUUAGUUGAUCCCUACCUGCAGUCUCCAGCAGCAACCCCUUCAGUGAAAUCAGAGUGCGCGUCGCCAAGGAAUAGUGGCCUUUUGGAAGAGUUGAUUCAUGAAGCUCAGACCCUAAGAUCCGGGAAGAACCAACAGACAUCUGUGAUAAGUUCUAGUUCUUCUGUCGGUACGCCAUGUAAUACUACGGUUCUUAGCCCAGAGUUUGAUAUGUGUCAGGAAUACUGGGAAGAACAACAUCCUGGUCCAUUCCUCAAUGACUGUGCUCCUUUCAGUGGCAAUUCAUUCACUGAAUCCACCCCUCCUGUUAGCGCUGCAUCGCCUGACAUCUUUCAGCUCUCCAAAGUUUCCCCAGCACAAAGCACUUCAAUGGGAUCUGGAGAGCAAGUAAUGGGGCCUAAAUAUGAACCUGGGGACACUUCACCUCAUCCUGAAAACUUCAGGCCAGAUGCAUUGUUUUCUGGGAAUACAGCUGAUCCAUCAGUUUUCAACAAUGCCAUAGCAAUGCUUCUGGGCAAUGACUUGAGUAUCGAUUGCAGACCUGUUCUUGGCGACGGUAUCAUGUUCAAUUCUUCCUCGUGGAGCAACAUGCCACACGCCUGUGAAAUGUCAGAAUUCAAAUGAAUUCUGUAUUUGGUAUUUGCCAGACGCUACAGCAGAUUCUUGGUAUCGUUCUUGCUCAUUGUUUGGAUCAUAACUUGAGGAAGAUCUCGUCGGUUGUAAUUCUGCAUUGCUGACAGAGUCCUUGAUGGCAUGCAGGCACUAUCAGAUGUUCUCUUAUGCGACUAGCCCUUUUGUCCAAUAAAGUAGUGCAUGGAGAUAAGCCGGUUAAUUAUUGUUUUCUUUUUUGUAUUAGAGAACCCUUUUUGUCAUCUCUAUUGCCCGAAUUCUGUUGGAAAUUCGUCAUGUUUGUUUGAACAAUGUAAGACCAAUUAUUGCAUUUGUGGUGUACUAUCUUGUUGAGCAUUUACCACUUGCCAAUCAAUAGCAAUUUGUUACUACUA